ACUCAACUGGGUCAGUGCUCCACCAGAGCAUUCUCUCUCUCUCUCUUCUCUUUUGGUUCAUACAAAAAGUCAGCGCCAUUCUUUCUGCAAUUUCACCUUUUCCUUCUAGCAGUUGUUGUCUCCAUUGGGUACAACAGAAAUAGAAGAACCAAACAAACACAACUGAGAUUUGUUCUGUGAGGAUUUCUAGGCAUACCCACCACCAACCUGUUCCUCAAAAAUGGCUCAUGAGGAUUGGGAUCUCUUUGCCAUCGUUAGAAGUUGUAAAGCUGCCACCUUUACUGCCACCACAACCACACCAAACCCACCCACCGUGACUUCCACCACCACUCCCAGAUCUCCAAACACCACCUCUUGCUUCGAUUCCAGCCACGAGAAUGCAUCAUUCUCUUUUCCCAAUCUUCUGCAACCACCAACCAAUGAGUCUCAAGAGCUUCACCAGUUGCUAAUAAACUUCAACCCCACCACCACCACCACCAUUUCUAGCACUAUCACUAGUGCUAUUGGCAUCAAUCCCAAUUCCACUUUUUCUGACGUUGCGGGAUUCAUUGGACAACAGCAUAUACAACAAGGUCAUCACCAUCAUCUUGUUCCUGCUCCCACAAAUCACACCUCCAUUGGAGCACCCUCCACUACUGGUUUUGACAGAUUCCAAGAACAGCACCACCAACAGCAACAUCAAUCCCAAACUCCAGAACAACAGCAACGAAAGCAAAACCUGCCUCAACUUCAAGCACCCCAAACAAGUCCCAUCCUUUCACCAACUACACAACCACAGACACCCAGAUCAAGAAAGAGAAAAAACCACCAGAAGAAAAUUGUGCGUCAUGUAACCGCAGACAACCUCUCGACAGACUCAUGGGCAUGGCGAAAAUAUGGUCAAAAACCAAUCAAAGGCUCUCCGUAUCCAAGGAACUAUUACAGAUGCAGUAGCUGCAAAGGCUGUGCUGCGAGAAAGCAAGUGGAGCGAAGCAACACCGAACCCAACAUGUUCAUCGUCACCUACACCGGCGAACACAAACACGCUAAACCCGUUCACCGUAACUCCCUCGCCGGCAGCACCCGAACCAAGCCGUCUCCAACCGGUUUACCCGAAGCCAACGAAGCUGUUUCUGGUAUCAAAAUAGAGAACGCGUGUUCAUCGACUUCUGAGCUCUCUACGACGUCGUUGAAGUCUGGCACGCCGGAAAAUGAGGAAACAGUCGCCGACGGCGAACCCGAUUUCCCUGAGAUGGAAGUUGAUCCUGACGCGUUGUCUGACAACGACUACGACCUUUUGAUACCCAAUACUGGUGCCAUGUCGGACGCUGUUCUCUUGGGGUUAACCAAUGGAGCUCAAACAAAGGGAUCGGAUCGGAAUAGCGAAUCCGGGUUGACCCAGUCCAAAUCAGACCCAUUUUCCAACACGGUGUAGACUCGGAUCAGUUCAUGACCCGCAUAACUCGCCGAUAUUCUUGCGUAUUGUAAUGGUACCAUUUUUUUAAUAUAAAUAUGUCUAAUUUUUGUCCUAAAUUAUGCAUACUUUUUUGUAAACAUAUAUAAACAA